ACAAAAAUAUCUUGUCAAAACUGGCAACACUGGAUUUAACGACGUUCUUUCGAGUGCGUGCGACAUGACGCGCCGGUGAAUUUUUUACAUAAAUUGACGUAAUUUUUAUUCACAUAUACCACAAAUAAGAUUUCACAAUGGCCGAUCAAGUGGAUUCAAUGUCAGAUGCGGAGCUCCGGACAAAACUCGCGGAGCAUGGGUUCCCUGUUAUGCCAAUAACGGCGUCAACAAGGAAGUUGCUGGUCAAGAAGUUGAAACUAGUGCUCGAUAACAAGUCCAAGCCUCGCGCGGGCGGUGACAACAAAGCCGAGAGCAGGCGCUCACUCGCGCGUUAUUCGAGCGGAGAAGAGUCUGAUUUGGACACCAACAAAGCUCGCGAGAAACGUGCCGGCCGCCGCGCUACUACCGGCGGUGCCAUGCUGCCGCCCGCCAGCAGCAAGACGCGGCGCGCGACGCCUAAAAAGGAUUCGCCGGUCAAGCAAGAUUCCGACAAAGGUUCCGAGUCUGAUGAGGAGAAAUCGCCCGUACGUACUCAUGAAGAGGUAGAGACUGUGACGACGCGGCGUGUGACGCGCACGUACGCGGCCAAGGACGACGACUACGAGACCGGCUCCGACAGCGACGUGGACGCGGACCGCAAGACCGCCUCGCCCUUCCGAAGCCACUCGCGCUCUAGUGAUCAUAUCUCUAGUACCCUGCCCACUAACGACGCCUCUACCAGCCCGCCCAAAUCAACACUGUUUUCUCGGACAACUCUACCAAGCUCAAGCUACUCGUCCUCACUCUCAUCAGACCAUUUAAAUUCAAUCCGGUCUCGGCUAGGUCUGACGUCCACAUUAGGUGACCGCCCGUCCGUAAGCAACUACACUUCCAAUUACACUACAAGUACGUACCAGCCCUCUACUUCUACAAUAGAUGAGGCAGAAUCUCCAUAUUUAAGUAAUUUCACAAAACGCCUGUCUGCCUUAAAAGCGGAACCUUUGAAACCCGCAUAUGCUGACCGAGAUGUCAACAAUGGAAGCAGCACUCUUUUGCCUCGCAGAUCCUACAUAUCAGGAGUGCCAAGACCUGAUGUGGUAGACUACAAGUCUGCCAAUGACAAAAAAUUCUUGAAAAACAACCUCGUGUCACUCGCUCUGGUGGUCCUAGUAGUUGUUUUUUUUUUUUGCUUAUUUUUCAUGUAUAUAGUUAAGAGAAAUGAUAUCACAUCAGUGGUCGAUGAUCAGAGCAGUGUCCUGCCCGUUUGUCAAUUGAAUAUCCCAGGAAACCGGCCAGGCAUAAACUGUGUACCUCGGGAACAAAUCAGUUACGCUAAAGACUUGUUGAAAGUCAUACAUCCAGAAUUAACUAAGAGAGUCGCCGAUUUUCAAUGUGGGAAGCCCGGUGUUCUUCCUUACUUAACAGAAAGAGAAGUCUUAGAUAUAGCUGCUACAAGAGCCGACACCUCUGACAUCGGUCAGUGCCGCAUGGAUCUAAAUAAUCUAGAGGUAUUGCUUGUGAACAACCCGCGCUGGGGUCUCAGUGUAGUUCAGCUUAAAAAUUUGUAUUCAAAAGACGCAGAGUUCACUCCGAUAACAUCCACUGAUACAGUGGUGCAACAGCGCAGCAAGGGAAGUGUAGCUCUAACCAUAACAGACCCAUCCACACCACUCUCUUGUCUUUUCAUCAACACCCUGUACUCCACUGGAUCAUCUCUUGUAGUAAUUGGACUACUCACAUUACUGGCUCUGGGAUCCCAAAGGGGUUACAAAUACUAUGUUGCAUAUCGCAAAAGGAAAAGUGACGAGAUCUACUCAAUGGUGGAGCAAAUCAUAGAUGUGAUAUCUCAGGAGACUGAAGACAGUGGAGAACCGUACAUAUCCGUGGACCAUGUGAGAGAUACUCUCAUCCCACCCCAAAAUAGAGAAAAAAUGGCGUCAGUCUGGGAUGCUGCUGUGAAAUUUAUUCAGAGGAAUGAGAGCCGCGUGCGAAUGGAGGUUCAAUCCGUCGAUGGGGAAGACUGCAGGGUUUGGCGCUGGUGUUCCGCUCACAGCCCAAAACGCAGCGCGGCCUGGCAGGGACAGGCGUUCGAGACCCAGGAAGGCUCUGUCAACAACUUGACCGUAUCACCGACACCUUGCCUAAAGAUCCGCCACAUGUUUGACAAAAAUGACACAAAUGAUAACUUGAGGAUGGUGGUGCAGGAUGCUAUUCUGGAGAAGUGUGGCGAGCGCUGUAAUGUUUUGCAUAUUGAUGUUGACCGGGCUUCAUGUUGCGUUUAUGUGAAAUGUGCGAGCGCGAGCGACGCGGGAGUGGUUUACCGCUCGCUGCACGGCUGGUGGUACGAAGGCCGUCUGAUCACCGUCAAGUACCUUCGCCUGGAGCGCUACAUGCAACGCUUCCCUAACUCUCCCUCUAUUGGGCCCUACCUUAAAAUGUCCCGUCCACGCCGCACCUGGGAUGAGUAACUACAAGCCAUAACGGACCAUUUUACACUAACAACUUUACGGCUUCGACAUAGAGUACUUUGCCGCUAAGCGUAUUCUCAUACGGCCUGAUUAUUUAUAACAACUUGAUUUAUACCACGGCUGAUUUUUCCCACUUCACCUUCAAUAUUCAAACUCUGAAGACCGAAGAAUCGGCCUCAAACUAAUCUAUUAAAGUUAGUUGUACUCAUGUUUAGUGAAUGUAAACUUACAAAUUGUAUCUUUAAGCUAUCUGUUGCAAGGAUUGAUUCUCGGAUGCACUGCCUUUGUAAUUUAUUUGCUGAUGAAGUCUAGUUUUGGACGCGGGAAUCGAUUCUUACUCUUUCAUUUUAUUUAUAAUAAGCAAUCGCAUAAUAUAAGCUC